UCCGCGGGGACCGAGUGGGGGACGGACCGGCGGACCUACAGCGCUCGGGCCGGGAAGACAGCUGGGAAAAUGAGUCUCACAGGACAGACUUGACUUGUUCAAGCAUAGUACUCACCAGUAUAUGUCUGAGCAAGUGUCCACCCAAGGCUCUUUGUGGCCUUGUCAGAAACAUGAACCAGAAGCUCCUGCUGUUGGAAAACUUGCUCAGAUUCCGCACUGUGUGUAGGCAGCUGCACAGCCUGCGUCAAAGAAGAAUGCUUGCACAGUGCAGACAUGGCUUUCCACUUGCUUACCCAAUGUGGGCAGCUCUGCUAUAUUCCCGACCCUGGCAGACAGACAUGCUCAUUGAUGCUGCUUUAUAUCAAUGUAGACUUCUAGUAACCAAGAAGGAAAAAAGACCGUCUACAUCUCAUUUGUCUCCAACAAAGUCUAAAAGGGAAGUAGAAGUAUGGAUUGGAAUGACAGUUAAAGAACUAGCCAGAGCAAUGGCAAAAGACAUAGAUUAUAUAUAUGAAGCCUUAUUGAACACUACUAUUGACUUAGAUUCACUAGAAGCAAACUCAUAUUUAGAUGAAGUCUGGAUCAAAGAAGUGAUAAAGAAGGCAGGAAUGAAGUUGAAAUGGACCAAGCUGAAACAGGACAAAAUAAGAGAAAAUAAAGACGCUGUAAGAAGGCCCCAGGCAGAUCCAGCUUUGUUAACACCAAGGUCACCUGUUGUUACUAUAAUGGGUCAUGUUGAUCAUGGGAAAACAACGUUACUUGACAAACUACGAAAAACUCAAGUGGCAGCAAUGGAAGCUGGAGGCAUCACUCAGCACAUUGGUGCCUUUCUUGUCUCUCUGCCUUCUGGAGAAAAGAUAACAUUCCUUGAUACUCCAGGACAUGCUGCCUUCUCAGCAAUGCGAGCCAGAGGAGCUCAGGUCACUGACAUUGUCGUGCUGGUGGUAGCUGCAGAUGACGGGGUGAUGAAGCAAACUGUAGAAUCUAUCCAGCAUGCUAAAGAUGCUAAAGUUCCUAUUGUCCUUGCAAUAAACAAAUGUGACAAAGCUGAUGCUGAUCCAGAAAGGGUGAAAAAAGAGCUUUUGGCUUAUGACGUGGUGUGUGAAGACUAUGGAGGUGAAGUUCAAGCAGUGCAUGUCUCUGCACUUACGGGUGAUAAUCUGAUGGCUUUGGCAGAAGCAACAAUUGCUCUUGCAGAAAUGUUGGAACUGAAAGCAGAUGCCACCGGUCCAGUGGAAGGAACAGUGAUAGAGUCUUUCACAGAUAAAGGAAGAGGUCCUGUUACAACAGCUAUAAUUCAAAGAGGAACACUGAGAAAAGGCUCAAUUCUGGUUGCUGGAAAGAGUUGGGCAAAAGUACGCUUAAUGUUUGAUGAAAAUGGAAAAACAAUUAAUGAGGCCUGUCCCAGCAUGCCAGUGGGAAUUAUAGGCUGGAGAGACCUUCCUUCUGCAGGAGAUGAAAUUCUUGAAGUAGAAUCUGAGUCAAGGGCGCGUGAUGUCACUGACUGGAGGAAAUUUGAGCAAGAACAGGAGAAAAAUAAAGAUAAUCUGAAAAUAAUAGAAGAAAAGCGAAAGGAGCAUCAAGAAGAACAUAGGAGAGCUCGUGAGAAGUAUGGCACUUUACACUGGAAGGAGAGAUCGUACAUGAAGUACCUAGAAAGAAAAGAGCAAAAACCCUUAAAGCCAAAAGAAAAAGUAGAAAGAGAUUCUAAUGUGCUUCCUAUAAUUAUUAAAGGUGAUGUCGAUGGUUCCAUUGAAGCCAUUUUGAACAUUAUGGAUACUUAUGAUGCUUCACAUGAAUGUGAAUUAGAAUUAGUACAUUUUGGAGUGGGUGACAUUAGUGAAAAUGACAUCAACUUUGCUAAAACAUUUGAUGGUAUAAUAUAUGGUUUUAAUGUGGAUGCAAGCAAUGUUAUCCAACAAUCAGCUGCAAAAAAAGGAGUUAAAAUUAAACUUCACAAAAUCAUUUACCAUCUUGUAGAAGAUUUGCAAGAGGAACUGAGCAGCAGAUUGCCUCACCUUGUGGAAGAAUACCCAAUAGGUGAAGCUUCUAUACUAGCUACCUUCUCUGUAACAGAAGGGAAAAAAAAAGUUCCUGUGGCUGGUUGCAGAGUCCAAAAGGGACAGUUAGAAAAACAAAAGAAGUUUAAACUAAUCCGCAAUGGGCAUGUUAUUUGGAAGGGCUCAUUAAUCUCACUUAAGCACCAUAAAGAUGAUGUUUCAGUUAUCAAAACCGGAAUGGAUUGUGGUCUCAGUUUAGACGAAGAAAAUGUAGAAUUUAAAGUGGGAGAUGAAGUUAUUUGUUAUGAAGAAAAGGAAGUUCCAGCUAAGACUUCUUGGGAUCCAGGAUUUUAAGCUAUAUUAAAACCAAAAAUAAAUGUUUUUUUUUUUUUUUGGUGGUGCAGAGUUGCCUUGCUACUUCCCAGGUUGGUCUCACAUAAAAAUACCUAGGCCUAGUGUGUACCACACCUGGCUCCAAAUGCUCCCUAGAUUGCUUCUAUAACAAUCAUUGCUUCAUUCAAGACAUUCACCUCUAAGUAACUACUCCUUCACAAAAAUUUACCCCAAAUAAAAUUGUGUGGUAUGCAGGUA